AAUCACAUUCACCCUCCUGUCUACCUACCAGAUCAAAAGCUUAUAUAGAAAGACCCGCAUUGUGUGCCUCUGACUUUAUUUUCACACCCAGAACAGGACGAACAAAUUUUAGCCAAAGUUUAUAAAGUGGCGGCAACACACAGAGAGACUCUAGUCACCGGGUACUGCCAUGGCAGCAGUUGUUGUAAGGUUGGAACCAUCGAAGCAAGUGUCUUUAUAAGUUCUUGAACAGUUCUUGGCGUUUCCAUGGUGACCACACUGACAAAGCUUUGUGUACACCUGGUCGGCUCCCUCCAAACUAUUAGUUUAUAAAGGUAAUGUGUGGUGUUGUUAUUAGGACACAGAGUUCCUUUUAAGACACAAUAUUUUUGACACAGAUCAUCGAAACAGAGACUUGACCAUCAGGUCGCACAGUGUUGUUGGGUUUUUUCCCUCAUAAAAGAAGGUAAACAGCUGUAGGAGCUCUGCCAUCAUGGCUCUUCCUCAUCGAAUGUCGACUGUCGUUGUCUUGAUGCUGGCUGUUGUCGCGAUGCUGAUGGAGGUAGGAGGAAGUCGACAGCCACGACAAGGAAGGAGGACCAAGCGGGGUAACGACAUGUGCUCCUCCAAUUCCGUGGCUGAGUACAAGCUCACCUUCUACGGAGCCUGGUCCAAGGAGAAGUUCCCCAGAAUGUAUCCCACAUCCCGGCCACAUGCGCAGUGGUCCAAGCUUGUUGGCCGGACGCACGACAAGAGCCACCAGAUGUGGUCGGAGGGCAACACGUCCAGCCUGGCAUUUAAGAAGUUUGCUGAGGAAGAAGACUCGGAGCUGCUGGAGAUGCAGGUGCAAGGAUACGACGGCGUCUACGAUACCUUCAGCUGUGAGCCCCUUGCGCGUGGCGAAGGCAAAACCUCUACUGUCAUCCUCGCAGACGGAACCCAUUCGAAGGUGUCGUUCGUCGUCAGGUUAAUUCCCAGCCCAGACUGGUUCGUGGGAGUGGAUGGCCUUGACCUUUGUCAGAACGGUCGAUGGCGGCAGAAAGUCAGCGUCAACCUGAGGCCAUACGAUGCUGGCACGGACCAGGGCAUCACCUUCACAGCCCCCAAUUAUCCUUCCCACCCUCUCCAACCCGUGCAGAAGAUAACGGCUUUUUUUCCUUCCCACAUGGCCAGCCCCUUCUACUACCCAGAAUACAGGAAACUACCCCGAAUAGCUCACGCCGAAAUGCAGCUGGUGGCUCAGUACCUGAGGAGAGGGGCCGCGUCCUCUCACAAACCGAAUGAAUUAACGGCUGAACCGGUGGACUGCCGCGUGACGGAGUGGAGCGAGUGGGGGCCCUGCAGCAAGACGUGCGGCUAUGGACAGCGCGUGCGCAGUCGUCGGGUCCUGUCUCACGCUCGCAAUGGCGGCUCCGUCUGCCCUCUGCUGCAGCAGCAGGAGCUGUGUGGGGGCAUGAGCACCUGCAACUGGAAACACUUCGAUUCCUUCUCGCAGAAGAUGUUUGGCACCGGACGGAGACAGCGCUUCAAUGUGGACCACAGAGCCCAACAAGGGUGACAAUACUCCCAUCUCCCACCCCACAUCACCACCCCCAGCCAGGGACGAAUGAUCACAAUGUGACAGUCAUGUUGUCAAGUUUGAUGUAUUGCAACGUGAGGUUUAUAUUUUUAAGCUUCUUACAGAAGCGCUGUUGGUUGUGAAGACUCGUUGAAGGCUGUGUACCGAAAUUUGGUGAUCUUUGAAAACAGGCUAGAAAAGUAGGCUUCAAGCACAGUGUAUUAAUGGUUGCUUGACAUUUUACACAUUAAUAUAGUACACAUGUUGGAAUUACUUUGAUUACUACAGUACACAUCACAUUGUAGUAUUCACACAGAUUACUAUAGUACUUAUGUUGGAAUUACAUUGAUUACUGCAGUUCUCAUCACAUUGUAGUAUUACUACAGUACACAUAGUGGGAUUACACAGAUUACUACAAUACAAAUGGUUUGAUUACAUAGAUAAUUACAGUACACAUGGUGGGAUUACAUUGAUUACUACAAUACAAAUUGUUUGAUUACAUAGAUAAUUACAGUACACAUGGUGGGAUUACAUUGAUUACUAUAAUACACAUGGUGAUAUUACAUAAUUACAGUACACAUGAGGGUUGCACAGAUUACUACAAUACACAUAGUGGGAUUACAAAGAUUACUACAGUUUACACAUAGAUAAUUACAAUACACAUGGGGAUUACAUAGAUAAUUUCAGCACACAAUGGUUGCACAGAUUACUACAAUACACAUAGUGGGAUUACAAAGAUUACUACAGUUUACACAUAGAUAAUUACAAUACACAUGGGGAUUACAUAGAUAAUUUCAGCACACAAUGGUUGCACAGAUUACUACAGUACACAUGGUGGGAUUACAUAGAUUAUUGCAGUACACAUGGAGAAUUAGAUUACUACCAUACACAAGGUGAGAGUUUAUAGAUUACUACAGUACACAAGGUGGCAUUAAAUUACUACCAUACACAAGGUGAAAGUUUAUAGAUUACUACUGUACACAUGGUAGGGUUACAUAGAUUACUACAGUACACAUGGGGAAUUAGAUAACUACCACACACAUGGUGAGAUUUCAUAGAUUACUACAGUACACUUUACUGGAAUGCCAGAAAAGGGGGGUGGAAUGUUUCUUGUAAGGACUAAAAAGUCAAUGUAUUCUCCUAGGGGGCUCCUCAAUGUUACCUGAGUAGCUUCAUCAGCUGUAUCUCAGCCAGGCUGAUAAAGUUCACAACUGGUGUGACCUGGAGAACAGGUGUAUACCGACAGUAAAGAAUGGUGUUUGUGAUGAGGGUGCGAUUUUUAAAACCCUUUUUGUGGUAAAGUGAUCUCUCUUGGGUUUGAAGAACGCAGGAGGAAAUCCGACAAUAACAUGUUCAUACACCUUGCUGCCUUGAAAAGGCGAACAAUCUGCAAAGUAAAGAAUUUUUUACGAGGCAGAAAUGUCCUCUCAGAAUAGAGUGUGUGCUUAGUUCCAAGAAAAGAUUACAUGCUUUUUUGGAAAAACUGUAGUUGACAUAAUAUAAUGUUUUCUUGUACACCUGGUCUUACCGUUUUAUUUAAAUUUUGGGUAUGUAAGACAUGUUACAAAUGUGCAAAGAAUGGAUUUAAAAGAAACAGAUAAUUUUUGGAACAAAAUCUGUGUUGUGGGACUUGGGUUUAAUCUGAAAUUCUGUGAUGAACAUGUCUUUUUAUUUGUAUUAUUACAACAGCAUAAGUAAUAGAAGGAGAGCAUGGUACUUUGUCCUAACAAAAUCUUAGUCACGUGUACACACAUAGAUAAAUGUAUAUCACAUGUCAGUCUUUAGGAAAUGUUUGUUAAUUAGAUGAAAAAUAUUUUAUGGAUAAAUGAGAUUAAGACAAAUUUGUAUCAAUCACUGUUAGAUGAGGCUAUGAGCAGAUGCUGAUUAUGGUUUUGUGAAAUGUAAAAGAAUAGGUAUCCCUAGAGAAAAUUACUGAGUUACUAAAGCAAAUAAUUAAUAAAUGUUGACAAAGUGCGAGUAAAGACUACACGAAAUUCCUGUAGGGUAGUCUACAUACCCUUUCCUUCUUAUUUUAUUAACAUAAGUUUCUACGUAUCACAUUCAACAAACGUUAACGUUAUUAGUAGCCAAGAAUACAAGGCAAAUUUCAGAAAAAAAUAAUAAAAUUUUUACUCAAGAUCAUCCCCUAAUCCCGUAGUUACAGAGUAUAUAAAAUAGUGUGUCAACUGUUCGUGUUUGAAUUGAAAGUCGUUUUGCUUCGUUAGACUCCUGAUACGCAAUGGCGAUCGUGUAGGUCCGUGUUCUGCCUUCAUUCUAGGCUUGGUAAGCUUAUUCAAUGAAAUUUUUUCGACGGAAACAUUAUUUUGGACACAGGUCUGAAUAUUGAAGGUUGUGCAUUGUUUACAUCUUACCGUGAGGUUUACUCCUUCGAUUGAUUUCGCAGUUGUCGAGAUCGUCUGCAUUUUUUUUUUUUUUUAAUAUCACGUGACGCGUUUUUUUUUGCGCAUGCGUUCUUGAGCCUUGUAAACUUAAUGGAGAGGAUAACUGGACGCAGAUUUUUUUAACUUCUGGGAAAAUAAAUUUAUGCUUAUUCUACGGACAGGCGAGUGUAAAGGUUGUCAUUCAAUGUCCCAACGCCACGUCUACAAAUGCGAUGAUAAAUUAGCGGCCUCAGGUCAGGGGCGUUUAAUUUUUCUAAUUUUUAGUGGCUGGCGGCUCAUUUUUAAUUACAGCAACAUACAACAGUUGGAAACAUUUGGCUAGGUGAUAAAAAAAAAUUUUCAGUCGGUCAAAAGAUGGUAAUAAAUAGAAAUAAAUACAAGAUUUUCCAAGGAAAGUAGCCGAAAAACUCCAUUCUAACAGUGACUCAGAAAAUAUAAAGUAGCCCUGACCCAAAGUAUAUAAGCUGCCGUAUCAUCGCCAUUUAUAGUGAGCCACACUGUGGCAGGUGACUUGCCUUCUCCCAGGAUGUAGAGUUUGGUCUGUGUUACUGUUGUCCUAGUUCGAUAUGCUGCAUUGGGUACUAACAGCGAGAAGGUCUUGUGCGUGCGUGUGUGUGUGUGAAAGAGAGAGUGUGUUUGUGUAUGUGAGAGAGGGUGUGUAUGUGUGAGAGAGUAUGAGUGAGAGAAAGAGAGAUGGUGUAUGUAAAAAUAAUAGUGACGCUAAGGACUGCGGUGGAUGGUUCGCCUUGAGAAGGAGACAUGGAACAGGUACAAUGGAUAUGGAACUGACAUGUUGUACAUUUCUUGCAUGAAUAUGCUAUUUUCAUACUUUUUUACUGCUAUAAUUUGUUGUCUUAGAAAGUAAAAGGUUUGCAAUGCAUCGAA